CGUCGCUACUGGGGCCGUAUUAUGCAUGUAGUAUUAUAUUAUUAUUAUUAUUACUAUUAUUAUUAUUGUUAUUACCAUCAUCAUCAUCAUCAUCAUCGUCGUCGUCGUCAUCGUCAUGUCGCGUACCUAUUAUACUGCUGCACCGGUCGCGGUUGGUGUUGAGAUGUAGCGUUGCGCAUAGCAAGGCAUAGCAACUGCACACCGAUCGCGCGCUCAAUCAUGACGUCGAUUAACACGCGCAGGUCCUCGGUCACGUUGAUCCGCUGCUGCCGUUACCUGCCCGUCGUCGUCUUCGUCGUCGUGGCUGUCGCGGCCGCGGCACCGCGGUCUGACCACGAAGAAUUAGCGAGACCGACUGUCGACCACUCCGUUCGUCACCCGACCGCCGGUGAUCACGUACCCGGGCGAUCGCAACCCGGCGGCGUUCAGCGGACACGCCAGGACGUCCGCGACCCUCAGUCGUCCUCACCAGCCGGAUACGUUCAUUCCAACGCUACCACCGAGGAAUACGUUCAUUCCAACGCUACCACCGAGGAAUACAUUCAUUCCAACGCUACCACCGAGGAACCCGUUUCCACUACGGUUACCGCCGAUUCGUCUACGACGCCCGAUCCGGCUACGGUGACCGAUCCCAUUAUGGUGACCGAUCCGACUACGGUGACCGAUCCGACUUCGGUGACCGAUUCGACUACGGUGUCCGCCGAUUCGUCUACGGUGUCCGAUCCGUUCGCGGUACUCGACUCGACUGCGGUACCGAUUAUAGCGGCUACUACCGAAUCCGACAUGUCGUUGCAGAUCCCCAGUCCGCCGGGUCGUCACGACACACCGACCGCCAUUUCAACCACGCCAAUGCCGUCGUCCGUGUCUUCCGCCGCUUCGUGUCGGACGGUUUUUCUGAUACACUUCGCCGCCGUCUCCGCGGCUUCGUUGCUCACGGCGUAGACAAACACGCGCUGUUCGUCUGCUGCAUCGUGUUCGCACCGCCCAAGUAAGCCUCGCCAAACGCGUCCGGUUUUCUCUACGCAACGUUUAUCUCCCCUGACGUGUAAUUGCUUCCCUCCGAAUUCAAAUAUUGUCUGUGUCGACGUACAUCCAUAACGUGGCCAACAUCGUUUCCGCGAUGGCUUCACGGGUGACCUCCGAUGACAUUUCUGUCUCUUCGUCGUAAAUACGUUUUCAUUGGUUUCUUCUAUUUUCACAAAUCAGACAACCAAUACCAUCUGAUCAAUCGUUUUACGUGUACUUAUAGUACAUUAUAUUCUAUUUAAAAUGUAUUACCUUGUAAUUUUUCAAUAUUUUUUUUUUUUUUUACUGCGUUAUUAUUCUAUGCUUUCUAAUACAUAUACAAAUAUGGCAUCAUUCAAGAUGAUAUAUUGUAAAAAAUUAAUUUAUGAAUUAUUUCAAUGUAAAAUAGUUGUUGUUGAAAUAGUUGUUACAUCAAAUGAGCAGUAGUUAUCGUGGUGUCUAGUUUACGAGUAUUGUUCUUUUUACUUUUUUUUUAUGAUUUACUAAAUUUUGCAAUUAGUUUUAUUAAAAUU